GGAUAAGAUUUAACAUGUAAUGUAAUUGUCAACCAUAAAGAUUAUGAAUAUUGAUAUGUCACUUUUGUUUUAUUAGAGUUUCCAUAACGGAUAUGAAUACUUAAGUUUCCAGUUCUAGAAUCAGGCACUUUAAAUAGAUAUCACGUGAAGUUAGUCAUAGGAUAUGAUUACACUACAAACAGCACUAUUUGUUUGUUUUUUUAUGAAACUUUAAAGACUUCACAAUAGUAGGCUUAUAUUAAGUUUUGAUAAUUGAUAUUUAUUUUGUUUAAUUUAUUUUGACAGGAUGGGUAAUUAAUGAACAGAUAAAAAUUUGAAAGAUGGCUGACAAGAAAGAGAAACAAAAGGACAGUUUGUCUAUUGCGUCUGCUCCUGAUUUUAUUUUAUCUCAGUAUGACUGUGAGAGAAAUGGAAAUCUGGAGAUGAUGACAAGUUCUCUUAUAGUGGUACCUGAUGAACGAGAUAUGGAACAUUCAUUAUUGGGUUUGGCGCCACGAUAUUGGUCUCAUCGAUGUCUCUCACAUCAGGCAAGUUUGGAAUCAGUUACAGGAGGGAUUCAUAUGACAGAGAUUGCUCCAGUUAAUAGUAAUAUAUAUGACCCUGAUAUUGAAAGGUCAUGGCAAAUGUCUAUUGAUAUAUUUACUUCAAAGAAAGGUCCUAAUUCACCGUCAGGAACUCAAUUUUCGCGAAGAAUACGAUCGUAUUAUAAAGCCCAGGAUGAAUUAAUUACUGCAUAUGAAAAUUUACAACAUGGGCCAGAUAAUAACAGCCAAGAAAUGCAGUCCGAUAUUGAACAUAUGGCACUAAUACUCUCUAGGAUAUCAUUUUUUGCAAAUUUGUUAUUGUUAGUGGGUAAAUCUAUAGCUGUAUCAAUGUCCAGUUCUAUAUCUAUAAUAUCUAGUUUAGUCGAUUCAUCAGUAGAUCUUCUCUCUGGUAUUAUUAUAUGGUGGACUAGUAGUGCCAUGAAAAAACGAAAUAUUUAUCUUUAUCCUAGUGGUAGAACCCGUCUGGAACCGGUUGCUAUAGUUAUAUUAUCUGUAAUAAUGUCCUUGGCUUCCUUCCAGUUGUUAGUAGAAUCAAUACAGAAGAUUGUAGGAUUAGUAAAUAAUUCUGGUGAUAUUCCUACAUUUAAUUUAACCACUAUUAUUAUAACUAGUACCACAGUAGUAAUAAAGUUUGGUUUGUUUGUGUUAUGUUAUUGGAAAGGUAAAAAUAAUCCGUCUGUUAAAGUUUUGAUGCAGGAUCAUAGAAACGACACUCUGUCUAAUCUUAUAGCUAUUAUAUGUGGUUAUCUAGGAUCAAGAGAAUUUGUUAUCAAAUCUUCCACGGAAGAUGUGAAGUACAUCGAUCCCUGUGGUGCUAUUGUUAUAAGUGGAUAUAUUCUGUUUAGUUGGUGGAGAACAGGCUGGGAACAAAUCAAAAUGUUAACUGGUCAUACAGCAAAACCAGGAUUCCUCAGUAAGAUCACCUGGAUUUGUUUAAAUCAUCAUAAAUCUGUAUUGCUAAUAGACACUGUCCGAGCUUUCCAUUUUGGUAAUAAUUUUUUGGUUGAGGUAGAUAUUGUGCUUCCAGAAGAAAUGUCUUUAAAAGAAGCCCAUAACAUCGGAGAAACUCUGCAACAGAAACUUGAGAAAUUAAGUGAUGUGGAGCGUGCAUUUGUUCACUUGGAUUAUGAAACAACUCACAGACCAGAAGAAGAGCACAAAUUGUUGUAAAUUCCCUGGAAUAAGAAUGUAGGGCUAGCGACUAGCCAUGAUGUGAAGUGAUAGAUGAAGUGUUCACAAUGAAAAAAUGUAUACAAAUUAUAUUACAAUUUUCAUUCCAUAAAUAUACAAAGCAAAAAGAAGAUGGAAUAAAAUCAAUGAAAUUAUUAUUUUUUUUAACCGUGUUGAAGUUCAAGUGUUUGAAAUAUAAAUAUUUCAUUCAAAAUAUGGAGUAUUAUUGUUAUUCAUUGAUAUUGGAUGUAUUUCUGAUGGAAGAAAUGUGUGAUUGCUGUGUUCAUUUAUUUCAUACCAUAAAAAUAUCCUUGGAGAUGAUUUGGAGUAUCUGAAUAUUCCUUUAAUUGAAGUUUUAUUGCUGUGUUUAUAGUGUUAUUUUUGCAGUGAAAUUUGUGUGAGCCAGAAGAAAGGCUAUACUAUAGACUGUGUUAUCUGUUCAUGUAAUUGGGAAGAAAGUCCAUGUUAUAGAAUAAACUCUGAUCUAUUAUUGUUCCGUAAAGUGUAAUCUGUACACAAUGUAAUACAUACCAUACCUACAUACACAUGUUAUACAGAUAAUUAAAGUUACACAUGUACAUGCACACCCUAAUUGUUAUAAAAAGUUACUUAUUGUUUAUCGCAUAGAUUUUAGGAUUUUAUUUUUUACUUACAAAAAUGUUUUUGAUAAUACUGUCCCUACCUAAUCUAAAGUUUAUAUGCUUUUAAGAAACCUUCAAAGUUUAUCUGACAAUAUGUUUUAAAACCAAAAUCUGUAAACCUUUAUUUAUGUACAUGUAAGGAUCAGUAUUUUUCUUUGGAAUAAGAUCCCACUUUGCCCCUAGGUUGAAUGAUUUAAAAAGAACCUUGAAAUUCCUUUAUUUUUAAAAGCAUAUGAAAGUUAACUAUCAUUAUUAUCUGAUGUUUAUUUUAUUUUGAUUUACUUUUAUAUACAUUUAUAUUACAAAUGAAUUUUGAGCUUCGUGUUUCAAAUCCUAUAUAUGUAGAUAUUUACAUAUUUUAUUGUAUUGAUGUGAUAUCCUUUUGUAACCUUUAUACCACCUAUGGACAAUUGAGUGAAGGAUGUGUACUUUAUAAGUGUUGUAUAAUAAUAAUAAUAAUAUCUAUGGACAGUCUUCAUUAGCCCUUUUGGUGCAGAAAAGUUGGAGUUUAAACCCCAUUUCUUGAUAUACGGUCUUGAAUGUUUUCAUAUUUAAGAAGGAGAGAUAUAACUAAUGUUUUGCUGUAACUAUUAUUGAGAUGAAAGUCUAGAAUUUAAGUAGGGCCUAAAAAUCAAAAUAUAAUGUAACUACAUGUAUUUUAAUAGCAUUUCUAUCAUAAAAUCUAGCAUCUCAAGAUGUGUAAUAUAGCAAUAUUUGGUUUACAAAAUGUAAGUUACUACAUCACUUGACAAUAUACAUGUAUACAGUGUAGUAUUAUUAAUAUCUACUUAUCCAAAUGUAUAAUCUCUCUCGCUCUCUCUCUAUGUAUUUAAACAUAGGUACAUAUUGCAUAAUGCUUUUUUUAAACUAAUUCUAUUCUAUGUUUUAUUAUAAUCAAACUCAGGUAGAACUUUACGCUUUCAGUUAAGGAUAUGAUUUAUUGAUAUUAAUAAUCACAUGUAUUCAGGGAUGUCAUUUAUUGCUUUUUUAGUUAUUUCUAAUUUGCACAAAAUAAAACUUAUAAUUCAAUAGAAGUAGAAAUUAAACUGAAGGUCGAAUUCAUUAUUGCAGUGUUUUGAUUGACACAUGCUUUACUUGCUUUAACAUCAACACGAGAUAUUUGAAUUUGUCCUCCAGAUGUUUCAUGUUAAGAGUGUUGGUACAUGUAGUUGUCAUCUUUAUGUUCAGAGUAGCACAUUCUUUAUAUGGUGCAAUGUCCAGGUUUGGAUAUCAAAUUUGAUCAGAUUUUCAACCCGUUUAGAAAUUUACUGGAAAUUUAUUAAUUAAUUACUUAGUCAAUAAUAGUGAGUAUUUUUGUUAAUGGUGAUGUCAUUAGAAGUAGGAUAAAGAUUUCUGAAAGUCUUCCUGUGGAAUGUAUAUAGAUCUAUAUUUUAUUAUUAUAAUGGUAGAGAUUAUUAGUGUAUUGUAUUUGAUUAUUUGUUCAGUUCAUAGUGUUUCAGUGUAUAGAGUUUGUUUAUUUGUUCUGUUUCUGUGUUCCAAUAUACACGUAGAUGUAUAUAAUCAUUUAUAAUUAAUUAACUAUUUUUUAUUUGCUAUAUUUUUAAGAAUUGUAUAUAAGAAUCUCAAUACCACUGUUGAUAUUAAGGAUAUUAUUUAGUGUAUCUAAAGUUUAAUUUCUACUUUAUAUAUCAAUUAUCAUGUGUUUCGGUACCUUCGGCUCAAAACACAUAUUUUUUAUUUUUUUGCCGAUCUUAGUCAGAAGUUGCAGCCAAAACUGCAUGGUGCAAACAUUCUGCCAAUGUAGAUAUAGUUGGCCUACGUGGAACUAAUUAUUAAAUAUAAAUUGGGUCACUUUUGACAAACUGGAUGUGUUUUAACGGAUGGGACAAAAUAUGAUCUCAGAUCGCCCAUAUCUCGGUUAUUUCUCAAUGGACCUUCGCCCUGUUUUCAUUUUUUGAUCCUUUGGAUGAAUCCCAUAGGGGCUCUGACUGACAGUUUUUCGAAAUUCGGAAAUUGACUCAAUUAGUUUUAGCAUCAAAGAAUUGCGAAAGUUUUAUUCAGCUUUUUUUCGACAUUUAAGAUGGCAUAUCUUCGUUAGUAUUUGAAACUUGGUAGAAAUAAGGAAAACGUUGAGGCCUUCAAAAUGGUAUAUUAAAAAAAAUUUGUGACAGCUUCCGGAAAUUACAGAGGUCUUCAGAUUUUACCCAAACAUCAAUAGUUCUCUCCAUUUUAAAAAUAGAUUAAAAAUGACAUAUUAUGGUGGUGUUAGCCUUAGCCCCAAAUGUUAUCUUUCAUUUUCCAAUACCUUGUUCAAUAACAUUUUCAACCUUUUGGCCUCCAUAUUGGAUUUUACAAAAAACCUUCAAAUCGAUAUUCAGUUGCCAUUUUGAUUCCGAUUUAUGAAAACUUUUUUUUGUUUGGAACUUGGUCCAAAAUGGCAACAAUUUUUAGGGAGCCGAUUUUUGAAAUUUGGUUUUUAUUUACUUCCAGUUUCACUUUUGACCUACUAUCUGGUGACCUAGCCACUCAUUGACCUUUGACCUUUGCAAAUAUUAUUACCCUGAUGUCUAAUAUAGUUAUGUUUUGGCAACAGUAGUGUUCAUUUAUAUUAUUAAAGUGUCCAUAGUGUUGAAGUUUACACCCAUCCAGCAGAAUUGAAUGUACUUUUCAUUUGAUGCAAGUCAUAUCCGAACUCCACAAUAAUAAAUUUCCUGCCUUCUGAUACAUGUAGUUGCUAAGUUGAAAUUAUUACUGUUGAUUUUUUUUCAGGCCUAGGAAAUACAGGCAUGAGUAUCUCUGCUUAAUAAAACAUUUCUUUGAAAUCUGAGGUAUAUUCCUACAUCAACACUUGCCUGUGAAUCUUUUUCCGAUAAAUUAACAAUUCUGACACAACAGAAAAAGAAAGAUAACAGAGAAAAACUAUUUGAUAAUCUUCUGACUGAGUUUUUAUCUGAACCAUAGGGGCCCAGGUGUUGUUGCACUUGUGUGAGACCAUAAUGUAUUCACAUCCCCUAUCUUAUAAAAACUUAUUUAAAUCAUCAAAAUUUUCAGAAAUAAAUUGUGCCAAUUCCCCAAAUGUUCACUUUAACUGGGUAGGCCUACAUAAUUUGAGUGUACCUAUUUAUACCUUGUAGAUUAAAAUAGUUUUGGAAAAAAAGGAUUUUAUCAGUUUAGAGGCACACAGAGACAAUACAUGUAGUUGCUUUUAGUCAACAACAAUAUAAAUUUCAAUCAUAUGUAAUCAACUUUUUGUUAGAUAUUAGAAAUAAAGUUGUUUUAGGAAAGAAAACUAGGUUUUUGCAAGUACUUUCUGCUUUAAUUAGCUUCUUCAGGCAAACUUUUUUGGAAUUAGUAAAGUUUGCCUCAAGAAGCUCAAUAAAGCAGAAAGUACUCGCAAAAACCUAGUUUUCUUCCUAAAACAACUUUGCAAUCAGAUUAUUUUAUUCUGAGUUUAAAGUUUUGACAAGAAAUCAUGUAAAUAGUUGUGUUCAUCUACACUAUUGAGAUAAUUUAAUCUCUAAUAGGAAUAUCAGUCCAAAAAUAGACCAGUUCCUUUCAGUAUUUACUGAACUAUGCUGCUUAAGCGUAACAAGACGGCCAUUGGUAGCAGAGAAACCUGAUAGACCUAGUUUAACUCGUGAGAUUUGAUAUUGAAUUGAAGAUGCAAAUAAACAUGGAGCCUUUAGGUAAAAGUUUAUGGACAUGGGCUCGGAAAAAUCACAGGAUGUUAAACAAUGUGAGCUCCCUUAGAUUUUGUAACAUUAAUGCGGAUGAAAAAAAUCCAUAGUAUUUUAUCUGGUAAUUUUAAAAUACCCUGUGUAAUGUACUAUAAAACUACGUGUAUUUCAAGCUAUGCUUAUUGCAUUUAUCUAUUUUAAAAUCUGUUAUGAUGUAUUUACUGUUAAUUGUUAACAGUUGUUAUUGUACUCUAAUUCUUUUAUUACCCACUAUAUAUUGUGAUAUUUUAAAGUUAUAAUAAAAAAGCAUGAAAUAUAAAAUACCUACAUGA